UUGCGCAUGCCCAGAGCGUUAGUACCAGAAACAACGAUAAAUGCUGAAACUGGACAAAUCAAAAUGAAACGCAGUCAUGAAACUAUAAAUAAUUUCAAUGAAUUUAUAAUCGGUGCUUGUCGUUCAAAUAUGGACAUAAAGUUCAUAUGGAGUGGUUCGGAUGCGAAGGCAUUAGUCUAUUACAUUACAGAUUAUGUCACUAAAACCAGUUUAUCGUUUCACGAUACCUUGGUUCAUAAAGCCAUGGGAUCGAUCGAUAAGCACACAGCAUCGGACGCGACUGAUGACCUCCAUGAACGAUCUCGCAAAUUAGUGUUGCGAUGCUAUAAUACAAUAGCAUCACAACAGGAACUAUCCGGAGUUCAAGUGGCGUCGUAUCUCAAGAUCGAGAAGACACGAAAGAACGAUAUGCUCGUGCCAUUUUGUUUUUGUCCUGGAGAAGUGUCGAUGACUUAUGUCAAGCUGAUAUUACGUGGGACCAAUCAUUAAGACUAAACGCUAGCUUUUUCCUGCCAUCGUCAAAAACAAUAAUUGACAAUAUUCAGCUACUGCAUGAGUGUAGAAAAGAUCGGGACGAGCAUUUAAUUCAAGUUAUUGAGCAAACAAAAGCAGCGGAUGACAACAUCGACUCGGUCUAUAUACCGAAAAAUUUUGCUCGAGACGACCUAAGCGAGAUGGAUGAUUCAGAAGAUCUCGUUGCACUACUGGAAUUCAACGAUGAUCACGAUAUGACAAGUGAGUUGUCUGACUCCAAUGCACAAACAAUGAACCCAAAUCAUGCGUAUACGUUGCAGACAAACUUUAAAUUCGGUCAAAUUUUAAAUUUGUCCGGACAAGAUUCAAAUUUAAAUUUUGUCCGGUAA